AAAGAACUAAGAGUGAAGGAUUCAACGAAGGGAAUUGAUCGCAAACUAAUAGCCCAUAAAAUUCUACUGCACCAAACUAUAAACUUAAAUAUCAUUUGAUAUCAACAUUGUUUUCAUUGGAAAUAAAAAGAGAGAAGUUAGAAGCGAAUUUAAAAGAAUUGAUGUGUUAGUAGAAAGAAAAUGUUUGAAAACCAAAAAAUCUAAACCAAUGUUUAAGAAAAAUAGAUUUAAGAGACAACGACGUCGUUUUGCGGGGAGUAGAAAAUAUAAAAUUUAAUAGUUAAAAUCCGAAAAUACUAAUAGCAGCUAACGAACUGGUAUUAUUACUAGUUGUACUUCAUUAAAUCAAGAAAACUUGCGAUAAAUAGAUAUUUUUUGAGAAAUUUGACGUUUUUUAUACGACGUUGGCCUGCCUGCACGUUUGCUCAUAUAUUUCGAUUUCAGCCGUUCGUCCCAUUACGAACAUUAAAGGCAAAUCGGCAAACCAAUGCCCAAAGAUAAUAAACCUGGAUCACAAGAGCGUCAAAAAAGUUUACUAUUCACAAACAGCCAAAGCUGUCAUUCGCCUAGCAGUUCUGUGAAUAGUGGUCGCUAUCGCAAAUUUUUUAUACGUGGACGCACAACAGUGGGUGUUCAGGGUUCAACAGCAGCUAGCAGUGCUGCACGUGAACAACGCUGCGCAUUACAAUCAACUCCACAAUAUGCUGGCGCAAGUGCAAGCUUGCUACAUGUCGGAACUGUUUGCAGCGUGUCCGUGGGCUUAAAUUCUAAGCAUCAAAAACUUUCUGAAGUUCAACGAAAGUUCCCUCUUUGGUUGCCGGAGUACAAAACGAACGCUUUUAAUGCUUCUAUGGAUGAAAAAUAUGUUGAAUCGAUUUGGGCAAGCUUAAAAAACGCUAUACAGGAAAUACAAAAGAAAAAUAACUCUGGAUUAUCUUUCGAGCAAUUAUAUCGGAAUGCAUAUAAUAUGGUGCUACAUAAGCAUGGCAAUCGCUUGUAUUAUGGCUUGCGUGAAGUCGUUUCUGAGCACUUAGAACAGAAAGUGCGGCAAGAUGUGCUUGAAAGUUUACAUAAUAACUUUCUUCCUAAGUUAAAUCAAGCUUGGAGUGAUCAUCAAACUUCUAUGGUAAUGAUACGUGAUAUAUUGAUGUAUAUGGAUCGUGUUUAUGUGCAACAACGCGAAGUAGAUAAUGUUUACAAUUUGGGCUUAAUAUUGUUCCGAGAUCAAAUUGUGCGUUAUUCAGAAAUUCAAAAAGCUCUACGAGAAACAUUACUUGGAAUGGUUAUGGACGAGCGAAGCGGAGAAGCCAUCAAUCAUCUAGCGAUUAAAAAUGCAUGUCAAAUGCUUAUGUCGCUGGGAAUUAAUACACGAUCCGUAUAUGAAGAUGACUUUGAGAAACCAUUUCUUGCGCAAUCUGCAUCUUUUUAUAAGUUUGAAUCACAUAAAUUUCUUAACGAGAACAAUGCGGGUGUUUAUAUAAAAAAAGUCGAGGCUCGCAUACAAGAAGAAUCUGCACGUGCGGCCCUGUAUUUAGAUAAAGACACUGAACCGCGUAUCGUUAAAGUUGUCGAGGAUGAACUUAUUAAGAAGCAUAUGCGUACCAUUGUUGAAAUGGAAAAUUCUGGUGUUGUUUAUAUGAUUAAAAAUUCAAAAACAGAGGAUCUUGCCUGUACCUAUAAACUAUUUUCACGUUUAAAAGAAGAAGGUCUCAAAGUAAUUGCUGAUACAAUGUCAUCGUAUUUGCGUGAACAGGGAAGAAUAUUAGUGAAGGAGGAAGAAAAUGGGAAUACGAACCCAAUAACUUUUGUACAGAAUUUACUCGAUUUAAAAGAUCGUUUCGAUCAAUUUUUACACCAUUCAUUCAAUAAUGACCGAUUAUUUAAAAAUGUAAUAUCAGCGGAUUUUGAGCAUUUUUUAAAUUUAAAUCAAAAAUCUCCCGAAUACCUUUCUUUGUUUAUUGAUGAUAAACUUAAAAAAGGAGGCAAAGGUAUGAGUGAACAAGAAAUAGAAACAAUUUUAGAUAAAACCAUGGUACUUUUUCGAUUUCUCCUGGAGAAGGAUGUUUUUGAACGUUAUUACAAAACUCAUUUAGCCAAACGCCUGCUGCUAAAUAAAUCAGUUUCCGAUGAUUUUGAGAAAAAUAUGAUAUCAAAAUUAAAGACUGAGUGUGGAUGUCAAUUUACCUCAAAACUUGAAGGAAUGUUUAAAGAUAUGUCCGUGUCAAACACCAUUAUGGAAGAGUUUAAAAACUAUGUAAAUGUACACAACUUAUCAUUAUCGGGUGUUGAAUUGACAGUGAGGAUCCUAACGACAGGAUUUUGGCCCACUCAAACUGCAACACCCAACUGCAAUAUACCUUCUGCACCACGUGAGGCAUUUGAAAUAUUUAAAAAGUUUUAUUUGGAUAAACAUUCGGGCAGACAGUUAACGUUACAACCACAAAUGGGCACGGCUUAUAUUAAUGCAGUAUUCUAUGGUCGCAAAGUGGAUAGCGAUAAAGAUAAAGACGGUCCUAGUUCAAGCAUGUCAUCCAGCUCAAAUGGUUGCACGGUGCCAACAACAACCCGUAAACAUAUACUACAGGUGUCCACGUAUCAGAUGUGCGUAUUAAUGCUGUUUAAUAACCGUGAUGUGUUAACUUAUGAGGAUAUACAACAGGAAACUGAUAUCCCUGAACGGGAGUUAGUACGCGCACUUCAGUCGCUGUCAAUGGGGAAACCUGCACAACGAUUACUUGUGCGAAAUUCAAAAACGAAGACAAAAGACAUCGAUCCAACAGAUGAAUUUUAUGUAAAUGAUGCAUUUGUUUCUAAACUCCACAGAAUUAAAAUUCAAACUGUUGCCGCAAAGGGAGAGACUGAACCUGAACGCAAGGAAACGCGGGGUAAAGUAGAUGAAGAUCGCAAACAUGAAAUUGAAGCAGCUAUUGUUCGUAUAAUGAAAGCAAGAAAACGUUUACCGCACAACUUGCUUGUAUCAGAUGUAACAUCACAAUUGAAAUCGCGGUUCUUACCGUCUCCUGUUUUUAUCAAAAAACGAAUAGAGGGCCUUAUCGAAAGAGAAUAUUUGGCCAGGACGCCCGAGGAUCGAAAAGUUUAUAUAUAUUUGGCCUAAACACUCAUCUAGCUUUACUCUAAAAAAAAAAAAACGAAAAUAGGAGACGUGAAUAGUAAAAAGGGUCUUAAGUAAAGAAAUAGCUACUUUGUUGUAUUGUUGCAUCAUCUCCACAUAACAUAUGAUAUUGCAAUGGAUAUAUUUACAGCUAACUUUUUCGCCAUUUCUAAUUUCCAGAAUAGUUCCAUGUUUGUAUGCUAAAAUUUCGAUCCAAACAUUUAACUUUGCUCAUCAGUUAUAUUAUUGAUUUUUGUUUUGCGUAAUCCCACUUCUUAAAAAAAUUUCACAUAGUUUUUUAACUUCCUAAUAGAAGAAAAACAUUAACUAUUACAACAGAAUACAAAUAAUUACUUAUUGCAAAAAUUGAUUGGGUUUUUAGUGCAAAUAUCACAACUUUGUCGUCGUUUGGUGUGACUGAUCUCGGUGAUAGUAAUUUUUGUUAAAAUCUGAAAGCGAUAAAUUAAAAUGUACUUUUUACUUCUUAAUUUACAAAUAAGAUAUUAUGGGUGGGCAACGCAUUGUAACGAGAUCAAUUACGAACUUCACCUAUGCGAUGAUAACAAUAUCAAUAAGAACAAAUGAACAACCCAAUGCAUGAAGUCAAAUGCUAGAAGUUCAGAAAGUCCAUUAACUUCAUUUAAUUUGGUGACUUUUUAUUUGGUAAUGUUUAAAAUAUAAUGAAAGGUAUUGAUGAAAAUAAAAUCUACUCAGACCCAAAUAAACUAGCUUAGGGUUUUAUUUCUUUUCGCUUAUUUCUCUUUUAUAUACUACUGGUUUUAAAUGUGUUGCAUUAUUUACUUCGAUAUGGAAAAUAUGACUUAGUUGAAAUGUGAAAUAAUUGAAUAAUGAUACACUAAAAUAUAAUUAAGACAGUAUAUUUUAA